UGGGAAACAGACGGCUUCGAUUAAUGUGCAACCGGAACUGGUUUCGUUUUCUUUUUACCUUUUUUUCCCUCUAAAUAUCUCUAAUGACCGGACAAACACUCACUGAAGACCGACGAAAAGAAUUAUUUCAACUCGCACUUGAUGCCAAAGAAAAGGCAUACUGCCCUUAUUCGAAAUUCAGAGUAGGAGCGGCAUUACUUGCGGAAGACGGUACCAUGUUCCAAGGCUGCAAUGUAGAAAACGCAUCGUACGGCGGGGCUAUUUGUGCUGAAAGAACGGCAUACGUCAAGGCUGUGAGUGAAGGGCACACUCGGUUCGUUGCCCUGGCUGCAGCCACCGACGAAGAUGCGUUUUGUUCCCCAUGCGGUAUCUGCAGACAAUUCAUUUCCGAAUUCGGUCCUGCCAACAUGCCCGUCUAUCUUUUGAAUACCAAGGGCGAAUUUACGCAAAUGACUAUCGAGGAACUUCUCCCCUACUCAUUCAGUCUCGAGAAGAAUAAACAAUAAUAAUAUAUUCCCUCUCUGCACCAUGUGUUUACCAGCGCAUUUCGCUCUUUUCAUAAUGUCCACGUUCCUGCUUUCAUGGUGGUAUAAAUCAUGGGUGUUUUAUUUCAUCAUGCCUGCUGCACCGUGAGUGAAGAAACGGGUCAAUAAAGCCGUUAGGAUAUCUCGUCGUUCCUCGAUUGCUAAUCGUUGAAACGCGGUAUAAACGGAUACACCUGUGCAUCGUCAUGAACAUUAGUUUUUGUGCUAUGCAUAUGUUACACAAACCCUUUUUCAUUUCGAGUUUUACCUUUG